AUGGACCUAGCCGGCCGUGACCUUACACACUACUUGAUGAUGAUCCUGACCGAGCGCGGCUACUCCUUCACCACCACAGCAGAGCGCGAGAUUAUCCGCGACGUCAAGGAGAAGCUGUGCUACAUCGCGCUGGACUUCGACAGUGAGAUGAAAGCUGCCAGCGACAGCGGUGACAAGGCCGGCGGCAUCCAUGACACCACCUUCCGGUCCAUCAUGCGCUGCGACCUGGACGUGCGACGGGAUCUCUUCUCCAACAUCGUGCUGUCCGGUGGUUCCACGAUGUUCCCGGGCAUUGGCGAGCGCAUGACCAAAGAGCUGAGUGCUCUAGCCCCCUCGACCGUCAGGAUCAAGGUAGUCGUUCCUCCGGAGCGCAAGUACAGCGUGUGGAUUGGAGGCUCCAUACUGUCUUCCCUGACCACCUUCCAGCGGAUGUGGAUCUCCAAGG